GAUAUUCGCUCAAAAAGGCUAGAUCUGGUUACUUUUGUGGAAGAUUUAGGGUGAGUGCCAGCUAAGUGAGUGUCAUGUGUUUGGUCAGUCUUAAUUUAACUGGCAGUUAUGCAAUCUUGCAAGCUACUUCUCAAGAGGUAUUUUGGAUCUCAUAUAAAAGCGUGACUACAUCAAACCCCGAUUCAAACCAUCUAAUGAAGGGACGGCAGUACAGCUGAGCCUUAUAAUAAACAAGCUGAGUCCUGCUUGCCGCCACAUGUUCAAACACUCAGUUUUAAACUACGGAUCGCAGCUAGGGGAAGUAAGAAAGGUACUAAAAUUUUCAAAGGAAGACAUCGGCCUCCAGAACUUAUGGCCACGAAUCGAUGUAGUCAUGCUUUUAUCAUCGCUCCCUCAAGAUGAAUAUUAUAUUGAUUAUGGCUCUGUCAAUUCCAAGCGUGUGCAUCCCCCCGGGCAUUUGUCGGACAAUUAUCAUUAUUUUUUGGGGGGGGGAGGGGUAAGCUGCAAAUGCCCCUCUGUGGGGCCGGGCAGUUCAUACAAAAAAACCAAAAUUGCAUUUUCUAAUAAAAUAAGCUGUAACUGCCAUAUUUAUCUGAGGGUGGGAAAUUUGCUUCAACCAAACUGAAACACGCUGCCCUUAUUCCUCAGAUAUUAUUUUCACAUGCAUUAGUGUUAUAAAUCCAAGUUCCAAGGGCAACAUGUACGCAAGAAGUUUCUUUCUGAGAUGAAUCAAAGAUUGGAAUGCAUUACUGUCAUUUAUUAGACUUUAUUUUCAACCUUUUUAAGUAUACUGUUAUGGAGCAUAUUUUAUUUUCUUAGUAAGCGGCAUAUUGUUUUUUGUUUUUACUUUUUUGUCUAUCUAUUUUAUUGAAGAAAUUUGAGACUCAACCCAGGCUAAAACAAUUUUAACCUGAAUUUCAUGUUGACUUAUAACACUAUCAGUCAUAUGUAAUUUUACAACGUGAUUGCUGAAGUAGGUGGUGUUAUAAAUAGAUCAGGUAAUUUGGAAUUACGUAUCAUUGAGUAAAAAAUUUGCAAGUUGUAUGUUUGCCUCUUAAUCUUCAAAAUUUUGGAUUUUGUAAGCCUGUUAAUUUAGUUAGAUUUUAGACAUGUUAAUGUUGUUAUCAUGUAUUACUUUGUAAAAGUGGAACCACUUAAGCAGACUUUACUUCACAUAUUAUUAUUUGAAACUUUGCGCUAAUUUUUUAUUGGGUUUGCCAAAGUUUAGUCCAUAUAUCAACACAAUUAAUUAUUGUAUUGUGUAUUUUUGAAAUUUAUUUGUAUAUAUUUCUUUCAGUAUUAGAGGGCCAUGUGUUAGAAAACUCUUAACUGGGUUAAUCAUGUAUAUCUACCCUCUCAAAAUAAAGAACAUUGUAUUGUAUUGUAUUGUAUUGUACUCAUUUGUAAUUUAAAAUGGUCUGUGUUUUCAGUCCAGAACUAACAAGCAGUGAGGUGGAACGAAGGUGCCAUGGUGUCUGCUUGCUUUCUGGUGUCUUGCAUCAUCUUGUUGGGUUUCCCUUUCAGGAAAAAGAAGGUUGUGAAACAUAUUUUCUUCUUAGCAUCUGUUUUAUAAAUGUAUCGUAUUGGAUUUCAUCCACAGUGUGAUACAUAUAUAAGUGUAGUUACAGUUAAGCUUAUCAUUAACCUGGGUAUAUCGUGUGUUUGCGUGAGUGCACACCCUAGCUUUGUUAUCAUUUUGUGGCAGAUUUUAGCAUAGCAACACCCAUAUUUCUUUAUCCCCUCUCCUUCCCUGCGCUGCAUCAAGGGGGGUGAACUGAGAUGUUUAACUCUGAACCCAUCCAAACAUUAUCUGUAGGGUGUAGACUUUUUUAAAUUUAAAUUAACAAUAUUUUUGUUGUUGUUUUCAGUGGUACUGUUUUCUGAAUUCCUGUGUGACAGAUUAAAGGAUCACUAUACCAUUAUUCCCCAUGCACUGUUUGGUAUUCUUUCCUUGGUGAGAAGUGUAUUCUUUUACUCAUGACAUACAUAUUAUAAGAGUUAUCCUUAUAGCUUACAUUUCUGUGACUAUUUUGCUGUGCUGUUGCAAGACAACCUGUGUGAGAUGUUGCUAGGCAUAACGCCCUGCAAUGUUUUUUGUAUGCAUGCAAAAUUUGCUGUAGGGUUUCCAUGAGAAGGCAUGAGAUGUGGAAUUAGAUCCAAAAUCACAGCACAAAAUCAUAAUUAGCUAACUUCAAAAAAUAACAACAAAACAUUUUUUUUAACCAAUGAUUUUAUUUAAUCUUGUUAUUUAUAAUCUUGUUAUAAAAUUCAUGUCAAUUACAAUUGAUUGCAGACCACCAGCCAAGCUCUCUCAGAAGCAGACAGCGUGAAAAUCAUCCAGACUAUAUUCAAAGAAGUUCAUGUUCAGGUAGUGUAAGAAGUCUGAAUAAUGACUACAACCAGUUGAAAAUCAUCCAGAAAAAAACAACCUGUCUUGCUUCAUAUUCAAAGAAGUUCAUUCAAAGUUGUUCCUCCAAGUUUUGAGCCUGGUCUUGUAAGUAGCAACUUUGAAUAAUGGAGGGGGAUCACAAGUUCAUGGACAGGCCAUUUAUGCAAAAUAAAAUUUUGCAGCUAAGCAACAAAAAUAAAACAAUGGUCAGGAGAUGUGGUAGUGCAUGUUAAGUAAAGAUAUUCUCUAAUGUAAGGCUCAAAUCCCGGGGAAAAAUGUAUAAAAACAGCAAAUAACAAACAACUCUUCCUUCUUGUUGUUGUUGUUUUUUAUUUGACUGAGACCAGUUAAUGGAAACAAUUCUUGAACAUGGCUGGAAAGAAAAAUCAGUAAAGUUGCCAAAUUUGAAUGUGAUGUUUUUGAAAAGUAACCAAGAUGUAGUGUUGCAAAGACACAGAAUUUUAAAGAUGUUUGUAUGGUGGGGGGGAGCAAGAACGUUCCUCUCACCUUACGAAUGUCUAAAAAAUUUGGCGACCUUGUGGAGUAAUACGUUUGCUCGCUUUGGACAUAUUACCUUUAAACUCUGUAAGUUUCCUAAUUUUAAGAUGGUCUUUCCAGCAGUGUCAAUGAAUUUCUGGUCUUUAUGAAAACUAAACAAACAGAAGGGUCUAUAUAUUAAACUUCAUGUAAAAAAUAAUAUUACAUGUUAACAACUGCAUUGCUAAAAUGGGGGUUGGGUGCCUAGAGUAUCCAGGGGCUUCCACUGUUGGCAGCCAGCACCUAGGUUAAAGUAAUUCCCCCAUGACUGGCACAACAGCACAACCCAGCCAUGAGCCCCCACACGAAAUUAAAAGAACAGGCACCCAUCACACUGCAUCAUGGAGCCCCCUACAGGGGAAGAAAAUGGCUUAAAACCUAGAACGAAAAACUGAACAAAAAUCACAUGAUCGAUGCAUGCCAUUGAAGACUGACCUCACCUCAUGAUGUCUAAAAUUGCAUUUAAAUGCAUCAUGAAACAUUUCCAGCAUUUGCUCUGACUUGUUAUUUAUUUACAAUUAUUUAUUUAUUGUUUGUUUUUUUUUUUGGUUAACAGUCACUGUUGAAGGAAGCAAGACUAACUACAUUCAAUUUGUUCGCGGUUUUUUUAAAUAAACAUCUUAAUGGUUAGUUGCAAUUUUUUUCGUUGCUCAGUUUACAUUUUUUUGUUAAAGAUUUUAAUUUAUUGAUAAUUACUUUUCACAAUUAACAUUUUAUUUGCCACUAUAACCAUUUCAGCUCUUAAGAAGAUUGCAAAUGAUUUUGUUUUUGGUUUCAUUCAGGCUGUGGAUGGAGAGAAGGUCAGGGGAAGACUGAUUUUUAAGUGAAUGACAUUUAAGAAAUAUCUAUAACAUGUAUAAUGUAUAAUGUAUAUAAGUAUAAUGUAUGUAUAAUUAUUUCAAGAAUUUUUAUAUUAAAAUUUAACAGUACACUCUAGGAGUUUUGUGUAUGGUUGAGCAGUUAAAUAAUAACAACAGUAAAUAAAUGUAAUUUAAUAAUUAUUGUUAAAUUGUUUCUAUGAUUUUCAAAGUGAUGAGAAAUAUUUUUUCAGGAGUUACGUUAGUUGUCAGACCCAUUUUCCUAAAAAUUUCUUGCAUUCUGCAGUUAUAUAUUUUAUGCAGUGCAGUUGGCCUUCCUUGGUUAUGUUUAUUACAGAAUGAUCUACCUUUUAAGAUAUCUGAUAAUCUUUUGGAUUAGACGCCAAAAAAUUGUGAGAAUUAAUCUAUAUUUUAGUUAUAGGGCAGCAGCUGUGCACGAGUUUACUUAACCUCUUUCCUUGUGUCAUGAGAUAUUUUUAGUAUUGUUUUUAAUUUGCAGGAUCCAAGGAAUUUGCUAUUGGUCUUUGAGCUUACCAGGAUUAUAAUAAGCAGCUUUUCAAUAGGCAAGUAUUUUCUUUGUGGAAAUAAUGAUUGGCAUGAUUUAUUGAUAUCUUAAUCAAUGCAUUUUUUGUAAAUUGUAGCUUUUAAAAGCUGCAGUCAUUAAUAUAAGCAUCCUUUCAUUAUGUCAUCUUCAUGGUUGGGGAUUCACACAUCACGUGAUUAACAUUUUAGUGGUUACUAUUUCCAUAGAAACUGGUAUUACCAUGCUAUUGUUUCGUAAGUAGGUCCAUAAGUAACAUUUCUGAAGGCCAGGCGCGAAAUAAUAUUAGUUUGUAAACAAGGAGAGCUUAUAACGUUCUGGUCAUUCAAUGUCUUCAUGUCUCUAGUUGAUUAUGUAGUUUAUUAUAAUUAAUGAGGCAUUUACAGUGAAUAUUAUGUCAUCCUCUGUAUGAAGAAAUAUCUGAAUUAUUAUUGUCGAACCAUGAUGUGAAUUAAAACCAGCAAACUCUGGAAUGUCGGUUUUGAACGUAACUUACUAUCAGCAAGACCUUUAUUACGAAAAGAGUUUAGGGGAGGCGAAUCUUUGUUUACUUUUUUUGCUUCAUUAACAUAUGCUCAUCAUCAUCUGAUGAAGCUAUUAAAAUAAUAUCUCUGAGAACUGAAAGAGCAUAACAGAUAUCUCUGAAAAUUUGAGCCUGAUAUACCAAAUGGUUUUGGAGAAAUUCCUUUUAAAAACUUGAAAUCUUACAAAGAAUGUAUGGCUCAUUAACUUUUUGCCACCCAGCAAUUUUGCAGUUUUUGAUGGCUGAUAUUUCCUUCCAUAUUGUUUGCAAAGAGCUGAAACUUGCACAAAUUGCUUAAGUUAAUCAGCUCUUUCCACUCUGAAUUUAGUUCAUAUAUAUGGCCACCACCAGGGUUCUAGGAGUUUUAAGUUGUGUGCUAAUGAGGAAAAAUGUAUAAAAUGAUGUCAGCAAAGAUUCGCCUAUUCUUAUAGAAUGUUUAUUGUUCCAUUUGUCAUAACAGCUCAUCAUCUUUCUUAGCUUGUUGGUAAUUUAUCGUUUCAGAUUUAUUUACAGAAGAUUUGUUUGAAGUAACAUCUUGCUACUUCCCCAUUGAUUUCACUCCAGUAAGUGUUUUAUGCCUGGUCUGUCCUGUUUAAUUAUAUUUUGCACCUUAGUGACAAGGAAAUAAACAGAACUUUGUAAAAUUAUCAUUUGCAUCUAUGCAGAUGUCCUUCUAGCAAUGUGUAUUUAGAUAUAAACUUCCCUAGAUAAUAACAUAUACUUUUUAUCCUGAAAAUUCCUCUGAGCUUUCCUGUUUCUUUCUAGAUAGCCGUGUUUUAAUUAAGAUCCAAACUACCUGCUUCCCAAAAAUUAAUGCAAAUGUAUUACUUGCGGGGAUCAAGCCCCAGUGUUUUCUCAUAAUUAUUUAGCUUAUCUUUUUGUCCUUUCUUAUGGUGCGUUUACUUUUAUUAUCAUAGUGAUUCCAUGCAAGUGGAGGCUCUAUUGAUCUUCCUAAAAAAAUUAGGAGGAGGAAGGGUUCCCUUCCAGAUUUUUCUCCUCCUAACAUCAAAUAGACAUUUUUUGUGUUGAUGAGAAUAUUUUUCUUGCAGCCUGCUGAUGAUCCCUAUGGAAUAAAGAAAGAUGAUUUAGUUUCAAGCCUACGAAAGUGUCUUGCAUUGACUAACCAGUUUGCUCCAGUAAGUUUAUGGUACUGUAUUGUUUACUUGCAUUUGUAGAGCACUUUAGCUGGAUUAGUGCAUUCUUCAGUUUUUUUUAGCGUAGAAUGAAGACACUGAUAACAAAUUAAAAGGAAUUUCAAAUUGCUGAUUGGAUGGGGCAAAAAGUACUGUGCCCAAUUAGACUUAAGAUGUAACACUUUAUGUUUCUUCUAGUCAUUACUAGUAAUUUGUUUAUACAAAUUUCUUUCUCUAUUCCACAGUACUGCCUGCCUCUUCUGAUGGAAAAGCUAUCAUCAGAUAUCACUGAUGCCAAAAUUGACUCUCUUUUAACACUGGUAAGUCAGUGUGAUCAUGCAAUAAGGUUUUGUCUACGGACAGAAAGGUAGAAAAAAGUUACAUUUCAGUGUCAUUAUCACUCUUAAUAUUUUCUAUUAUUAUAGUGUUCUAUCACAGUUGAGCAUUUUCUUUUUUUGUGUACAUUAUUUUGUUGUCCUCACUUGAAACAGUUUUUAUGUUAUUUGUUGUUUGUUGCAGUCAGCUUGCUUGGAAGUUUAUCAGAGUACUUAUUUGCUUGAAUAUUUGGAGUCACUUUGGACAGCUAUAAAAAGUGCGGUGAGUUAAAAACAAUAAGCUGAUGCUAGUUAUUCAGCCAACACCUUUUUCAGAUGGACACCUCCUCAACACAGAUAUAAUGUACUUUGAAUUUGUCAUUGCCAUUUUUAAUCAUUUUCUUUGUCACCUUUCAUCGGACACCAUUUUUUGGUCCAAAUGGUUUCCAAACCAGGAGCAAGUGGUAUUUAGUUGAAUAUUAAUCUUUGGUGUUUUAAUAUUAAAUACAAGCAAUAUUUAAGUCUUUGAUUUCUAACACUACGCACAAUGCUGACAGGAGGUGGUCGCUUACAAGAAUAAUAAUUAAACCACAGGGAAUCUAUUCCAAGAAGAGCUCUAGUUUUUAGACAAGAGAGAAAGCAGUUUCAAGUUAUAAUAUGUUUUGUAAAUUCCAUGUUGUCUUUAAAAGUGCUUUGCAUGCUCUGCUCAGGAUAGUACAUGUACGUACAAUGAACAUACAGCAGAUCAGAUCAUGUGUCAUUUAAGUGUUCCAGGGUUCGUACAGGUUUAGUUCUUGGAAAGGGGCAAAUUUGAUGAAAUUGGCAAAUCUGGGGAAAAAGGUAAAUUUGGCAAAAAUUUGCUAGUAGUUGGUUAAAAAUUCAAAUUAUGAAAUGCACAUUCGCUAUUUUCGUCAAAAUCACCUCUUUUUGAGGCCCCCUUUUGUCAUCUCAUUUGAAUUUUCAACAAACUUUUGCUGAUUUUUCACUGUUGUGUGCAUUUCUUGACCUAAUCACUUCUGUUCUUUUGGUCUUAUAACUUACAGGUUUCUCUUAAUUAAAUUUUCUUUUCCUUUUCUAAAUUCAUUUACUAGGUUUUCUAUCCCACAAAUUCUGAAAUAGAGGUGAGUUACAAUAUUAUACCAGGUAACAUUGUUAUUAUUCUUAAUCAGAUACACAAAUUACAUAAUUAAAGACUUUUAAAAUUAUUUUAAUAGUCUUUGUUUUUCUUUGCGAUUUGAUUGUAUUUCUGUCAAUUUUUCAGGAAGCAAGUCUUAAAGCUGUGACAAGCAUUGUCAAAAACCUGAGCUCAUCAAUAGAGGUUUGUUGUAUAAGAUAUUGUGAUCACCAGUAUUUCUAAAGAAGAAUGUAGGGCUGCAAGUUUUGGGUUGCAUCCGUGGACAAGGCAGCCAUUGUGGUGGUCAAUACAAUGAAGAUAUUUUCGAAGAAUUUGCAGGAAAAUGGAUUUUAGUUCCCAGAGGAGAGAAAUGCUUUUAUCCUCCACCACCAACAAGGCCACCAUGACGUUACCUGCAAACUAGCAAUAAAAAUUGUGCGUAAUUUUAGUCUUUUGCUUGUACUGGUAUUUCUGCAACCCUUGCAAGUAUCCUGAUUUAUUCCACCUGUUCUACAAAUUACAAUGGAAAGGCUUUCCAACUUAUUUUUCUGUGAAUUAGUAUUCUGGAAUCCUCAUUCUUCUGUCAAAAUUUUAAGAACUCUCCAUUUGCACAUCUUCCAUAAUACACCUGCUUUGCUCCGCCCCGCCCCCUCCCCCCAACAUUUUGCAUAAGGAGUGUCUUCAAUUUCUAUUGGGACACCUGUAAUACCCGGGAGAAAUUAAAAGCAAAGGUUAUGCAAUAUCUGGGGGCAACAAGGUGUCUUCUGGAAGAUAUGCAAAUGGCAAAUGAUAAAGACUCUGUCAUAAGGCUAUUUUCAUGGAAAAAGUUCCAUGAUGUAUUAGUAUAAAAGAUAGACUAGGAGAAAAGAUAAUUGUUGGCAGGAAAUUAGAGUAAAGUAAUUUUCCUGAACUGUGUGCCAUUGAUUUUGGUUUAAAGGAAAAUGCCAGAGACAAAUAUGAAGAGUUUCUAGAUACCAUCCACAGAGGUAAGAGGAAAAGAUCUACAAGCAGUUCCAUCAAACUAUGACAGAUACUUGAAGAGUAAAGUGGUGAAAUGUUUUUUUUUGACAGAUUGUGGUCACGUGACUGGUUCUGAUGUUAAAUUGAUGACAUCUUCUGGUAAAAUUUUACAGGCAGCAGCACUAGGAGCAGGUAUAAACAAACCAUAUGCAGACGUCAUCAUCAGUAAAGUAACUUCUCUUGACUGUGGUUUUUAAAGUAAAGGAACAAUUCAGACAACUGUUCAGAUGUCUUUGCUUCAGGAUAUCUAUCUUCAGUCCGAUUUUUAAACACUAGGUUCUUAAUUUAAUAGCUUGUCCAAUUCCUCGUAGCAGGCGGUAUUUGUUGUUGUUUUUUCUUUCUUUCAUGUUUUGUAAAGUAUUAGGUCAAACGGUGACUGGUCGUUUCGCCUACGAGUCGUUUCGCUAACGUCCCGUUCGCUAACAUCUUAUGUCAUUCCGCUAACCGUAAACUGGUCAAACAAGAACACGAUGGGGGAGUGGGCUCUAAGCCAACAUUUUGCCUCAAGUGAGAAGUAAGUGUUAAUGUUAGCUCAGGGGAGGGGUAGAUGGGCAGUUUCCCUGAUACCUAAAUUGAUCCCAAUUUUCUCUGCCUUUUUCACUCGUCCUCCUCCCCAUAGUUUUCUCGUGUGACCUGUGUUUAGCUUUGACGCGGUGUUGUCUCGUUCUUUACGAAACACAAGCGAAAUUCACAGCAAAAACCCGCCUGCUACACAUGCUAAGCCUGUUCCUUCCUGACCGUCUUGAAUUUGUAUUUGUACAGAGCCUGCUUGUCGAAUAAUUAUUGAGUCUACUUUUCCACUGCUUCUGGAGCAAUUCAAGGGUGAUGUUGAGGUAGGUUUAUCAAUACCCCAUUUUCACGUCUAUUGAUUGAACUGCAUGUUGCAAGAUGGUAGCCUCCCACGCAGUUGUUGUUUGGGGUUUGUCACGCUUUCCUGCCUGACAUUGGGAAGGAUUGCGUGACGAGCCAAAAGAACGUCUGUUUGAGAGGCUCGGAAGAUGGUGGCAGAAUAUGCAGUUUAUUUUGUAGCUGUUUCAAGUGGAACGUGUCAAAUGCCCUUUAAUCGUUAUCCCAUGUCAGUAAAUGUUUUACCUAUUUCAUUGUUAGUGACUGGCCACAAGUCAUCUUCGUGACUUUAAGCCGCCCUUAGAAUCAAAUUGACAAGAGGUCGGUAUCUUUUCAUCAAAGUUAUUCAUUUGGAUAAUUUCUUUAAUUUGUUCUGUAGAUUGCUCACAAAAAGAACUUCAUCUCAACGAUAACGAACCUUCUUAAAGCUGCUAAAGUCUUUCACAAACAGGCAGAUGGUGAGUAAAUUGUAGAUUAUUGCCAAAGUUUCAGACAAUGCAGUUACAACCGGAAAGUCGAAUUUAACUGCAACGUUCUCUGUUGUUUAUAAUUUUGCAGGCAGCCCAGUUUUAAAUUACAAAGAAGUGCUCUCUGCUACACUGUUUUCAUUCUUAUCCAGUGAUAAUUCUGCUCUGAGCUGUGUGGCUGUGGAUUGUCUUAUGGCUCUGGUCGAUUUAAUAGGCCUUAUGUCUGAAAAGGAGGUUAGUUUUAUCUCUGUCGAAGUUUCUUUAUUCAAAGCUAGGUAAAAGAAACAGACAUAGUUUGUAGUUAUUUUUCUUCUCACAGGUGGAGUUACUAGUUCAGCAUCUCACCUCCAUUGUUCUUGCCAACAGGGAGCCUUUUUUAAGGUAUAUCAUUUAUCUAUAAUCUUUAAUCUGUGAUUUAAGCAUCAACCCUUUUAUUGUUAAUUGUGGUUCGAUUAAAUUUAAAUUCCUGAUAAUCUAUUUUGGGAACUACUGAAAAACUAUAAAUUUAAUUUAAACAUACGACUUCGUAGCAGUUCAGAUUUUUACCGCAUAAUUAAACAAGGGUAGCACGCAGUGAAAAAAUCAAAAUUUACUUACAAAAUCAAGACCAUAUUUUUUUCAGCCAGACCAGUUUAACUGCAUUAACACAACUAUCCAAGGCUUACCCUAGUAUCAUCCUAACAGCGGUGGUGCUGAAAUUACAAAAACACCUUGAAAAAGGUAAGAUUCUUAGCUUAGAUGUUUUUUUCAUUCUUUUUGGGAGAUGGAGUACGAGGACAGGGCCGUUCAUUAUGUUUUAUUCCUCACCAGAAGAUAGAACAGCAAUGGACACAGACAGUGACGAGCCCCAAUCUACCCUACUGAGUCAUCAGUGUGUCCUUGAUACUCUGAAUGCUGUCUGUACACAAGACGCAGUCGUUCGUGAAGUGAUCCCUCGACUUGUGGAACAUGCGAAACACUUGUGUCAUGGUAAGAGAAGUGAGUCUUUUUGUGAGAGAUGCUUUAUACCAGUCUCCGUCGCAGAGAUUUGGUGGGGAGUUAUGGACAUCUGCUACACAAAGUGGGAACAGGCAAAAAUGCCGACAGACCCAUCACUGAGCACUCAAUUUUUUAGCGGAUUCACCCUGAGCGAAAAGCCCCAUCUGCGACUUUCAUGUUCCAAAUAAUGCAAUAUGUUUUCCUACAAAAUUGUGCAUAAGGUUUGCUAUCAAUUUCCUAAUGGACGAUUGUUAGUCCCAAGAGAAUUUGAAAACAAUACUUAUAAUGCAAAAUUUUGUUGAGGAAAACAAAUUGCAGCACGGCGAGCGUGAAAGUCCGAAAUUGAGAGGAGGGAAGUUGAGGUUCAAUUUCAUUGCUUUAAGUUUGGUUUACUUUGUCUGAAACCAAUUAACAUACACUACCAUACCCAAACAAACCACAGGAAAAAUUGAAAAAAAUGUGUUCCCUCAAAAUGGUUUUCAAUUUUUCAUCAAAUAUCCCGAACCAAAUCUCCCGGAUAAAAUGGAAAAAUUUUAGUCCAUUUUUUCCAAACUUUUUGUAUUCAUUGUACAGUUUCUGGGAAUUUUUGCGCAUUUUAGAAAAAAGAUUGUUCGUCAUUGCCCAUAUACUUCAUGUCCUAAGGCAAUUUGUUGGCGUGGGGCGGGGGUGUUGGUCGACAUUCGAGAAAAAAAGUGAUUUUAGAUCUCCGGAGGUUGGCAGGUAUGCCUCAGGGAGUUAUCGACAGAGAACAAAAUGCUGUGGCUGAUUCACUGCUUGAUGAUUUCAAGAACAAAGAUAGUCAGUCUUUAAAGACUACAAUAAAGUAGUUCUUUAAGUUAUUUGUGUUCAUGAAAUUUUUUUUCUUACAGUAGAAAAUCCUAGUGCUGAUUCCCAGUUGCGAAUCUGCCGAGUGUUUCAAUGUAUCCUAAGCAUCGUAGAAGGUAACGAGGGCGUUAUGAUGUUGUUAUUGUUCUUAAACUCGUUCAUACCACUAGCGUUUAGUUCAAAUGCACGUCGAAGUAUUACAUUUGCUCUGCUUUUGCAUUUGCUACCCUAUGUUAUUGUGUUUUGUUAAAAAAAAGCCUCCCGCGAAAUCAGUGGCACUACGUGACCAAGUUUUCCCUUUAAUUGUCGUUUUCUGUUUAUUACUUUCACUUAAAAAAAAGUUGUUUCACGCCAGUUUUAUCGAUAGGAAUUGUUCUGGACAGGUUUUAUCUGCUUAUUUUCUAUUCUAAGAAAUUCUCAACUUGAAUCUGACGUUUGCCGUUUGUCAUUAACGUGACUCUUAAUCUCCCUACUGUAUUUCUACACACGUUUUCCCGCGCAUUCUUCGAGUUUUGAUUGGUUGCUUUUUUUUCUGGAGUGUUCGUGCAGUGAUUCAUUCGGUGUAACCUAUUGCGCAGACGUUUUUGAAGAAGCUUAAAAGGUAUUAUGAUCGUUGAUAGUGAUUGUGUGUUUGUUGCUGGUUCCAAGUACUUACAGUUCCAUUAGUUACGGUGUUAAUUCUCAUUUCUUUGAUACCAGACUCCAUUCAAAAAGGAGUUUCUUCAGCUGGAUACUUUAAACUGUCUCUCAUUCCUGAGGUUAUGAAGAUAGUCCUGAAGUCUGCUUUAAAAGGUACAAAUUUAUCACUGUAAAGUUGUUGUGACGUAAUCAAGACCUGUACCCACACUAAGUGCUGCAUCGCGCACGGUAUCGUAGAGUGCUUUAAAAUUCUACCACAUGUUUAGCCUCGACUUUCUUCCUAGUUUCAUUGCAGUUUCUGCCCCUGCAACAUUACGUUUAGCAAUUUGCAACGUUUUCUACUUAAAAUUCAUCCUCAAGUAUUUCUUUUAUUUUCUAAAGGUCGAAUGAGCUGCUGCUUUCUUGUGCUAUGGGUGCGAAACGUCAAUAAGCAAUAGUUUAAAUAAGCAGAAGAAGAACUCUUCACGUGCUUUACAUUUUUUCGUACAUUUCUUUGCAGUUUUGCAUACUAAUACUGCGUGAUUUUCUAGUCUUCGAAACCCGAGUACCCCGGAAUUUGUCUUUCUCUUUUUGAUCUUGGACGUGGUCCUUGACGAUUCAAUUCCUCACUGAACCCACUAAGUUUGAAUCAAUGAAAAUUCACUUGAGUGACGUUUCCACUACCGUGUUCGUCGUUGUUGCUAAAGUCAACCAUUCCUAUUUUUUCGCGGUUUUCUUGAUAUUGUAGUAGCUAACCGUAUACUCAAUCAAUUAGUAUUCUCGGCUUAACCAGUCCACAACGGACCUAAGAUUUUUAUAUUAUCCUGCUCAAAACUUGUGAAUACCUCUUUCCCAUACACUAGGCAGUGGCUUGUGUUAUUCUUGAGAGGUAGUGUAUUAGCGAUUAGCUUUUUUUUCUGCAUAUUGUGCUUAUUACUGUCUUGUAAACUCCUUGUUAUGUCUCUGCUUGCUUCUGUUCUAUUAGGUUCAACUGAAAGUACUGUUGAAUUACUGUCAAAGGAAAUUCUAGACGUGAUAGCCGCCAUUUUAAGAACCGUGACAAGCAACUUGGAUAUUGAGUGCGUCUUACUUUCACUUUUUUUCCACCAUUUGAUAAAUACCAUAUGUUGUAUUGCGUCAGUGUGGAAGAUUGUAAGAAGGGAGCUUGUGUGAUGAUGAAAUUAGAUAGUUAAGCUUCUGAUUGGUCAUCUUUUUGUGGCGUGUUGGACUGGGUCGGGAUUGUGUCGCACUGAACCAUGGGACUAUUAUUGGGAUACUGUGGUUUCUUUUUAUUUACUGUUUCUAGGUUGCGUAGGAAAUUGGUCAAAAUUUACCCCCCUCCCCCUCCCCAACCCCAAAACAGUCCCACUGUUCACUGAAUUGAACACAACACCGGCCCAGUUUCCCGGUCGACCUCAAUACAGUGGAGCCUCGAUAUAACGAACCUCUAUAUAACGAAGUCCUCGGUAUAACGAACCUCUAUAUAACGAAGUCUUCGGUAUAACGAACCUCUAUAUAACGAAGUCCUCGAUAUAACGAACCUCUAUAUAACGAAGUCCUCGAUAUAACGAACCUCUAUAUAACGAAGUCCUCGAUAUAACGAACCUCUAUAUAACGAAGUCCUCGAUAUAACGAACCUCUUUAUAACGAAGUCCUCGAUAUAAGGAACCUCUAUAUAACGAAAUCUUCGGUAUAACGAACCUCUAUAUAACGAAGUCCUCGAUAUAACGAUCCUCUAUAUAACGAAGUCCACGAUAUGACGAAGUCCUCGAUAUAACGAACCUCUAUAUAACGAAGUCCUCGGUAUAACAAACCUCUCUAUAACGAAGUCCUCGAUAUAACGAACCUCUAUAUAACGAAGUCCUCGAUAUAACGAACCUCUACAUAACGAAGUCCUCUAUAUAACGAAGUCCUCGGUAUAACGAACCUCUAUAUAACGAAGUCCUCGAUAUAACGAUCCUCUAUAUAACGCAGUCCAUGAUAUAACGAAGUCCUCGAUAUAACAAACCUCUGUAUAACGAAGUCCUCGAUAUAACGAACCUCUAUAUAACGAAGUCCUCGGUAUAACGAACCUCUAUAUAACGAAGUCCUCGGUAUAACAAACCUCUGUAUAACGAAGUCCUCGGUAUAACAAACGAUUUUUUUUUUUUACCCCAGUAAUAGGAAAAUAUAUGGAAAGUAAAUCGUUAUAGGGAACACAUUUUGCCAGUCCCUUGGCACUUCGUUAUAUCGAGGUUCCUUUGUAUUUUAAAUACUUCUGAAAAUCCAUCCCAAUUCGUCAUUUUCACAUAGACCGUAAUGCACCUUGCUUACUCCCCAAAAUUUUGCAUUACCGUUGUCUUCGAUUUCUCUUGGGACCACUGUGAUACCCAGGAGGAAUUGGAAACAAUGGUUAAGCAAAAUAUUGGGGGUAAACAAGGUCUGUUAUGAUGUAUGUGAAAAUGGUUAAGAAGUUUAGGCUUGUAUUUAUACCGAACUAUUUCUCUUUGUCUUCAGAGCCGCUCAUAUUCUUCUAGAUGAUUUUGUGGUGCUGUAUUUAGACGGAAAGUCCUCAAGUUUAGAGGAAGUAGUUGACGUGCCAUUUAGGCCAUUUGAGGUAUCGAACUUCCGUCUGUAGUAAUAGUUAUUACAAAGUUUGUGUAUCCAUUUUCGACUAUAGUAGAACCCCGAUAACUCGAACUAAGUCCAAUUUCCUUUGGAUUUCACUCCACUUUCCACUCAUUUUUACUCAGGUAACUCGAAUUCCCCCGCUAACUCGAACUAAAAUUCGUUUCGCUUGAUUAAAAAGUCGCUGAAAUUUAACUCGAUAACUCGAAUUCUUGUUCUUUUAACUCUACUCAGAUGCCAUGCCAUUAGCUCAUCUUGUUGUGUAACGGUGAAAGCCCAAAACUGACACUGGUCACUAAAGGCAAUGUGAUUUUAAUUGGUGAAACGAACAGAUCGCGUUUUAUCAUAAAAUGCCCAAUCAUGUUACCGUUUCUGAUGAAAUAAGUAAAUUUGCACUUCACCAUACACAAAAGUGCUGAGAAAUCAGAAACUAUCAAUUUUUAGCAUGGCAAAGUGGAUUUUUCAAUCGACCUCGAUAACUCGAACCCUCGCUAACUUGAACUGUUUUUCGUUUCUCUUGAGAGUUCGAGUUACAGGGGUUCUACUGUAUUUUCUUUUGCUAAUGUUUGUUUGUUUCUUUUUUUGUAUGUUAGUUGUCAGCGCCUCUACAACAAACCCAGCUUUUGUCACUUCUCACAGCCACUGUAUGCUCUGCAAGACGUGAGGUAGACUUGUUGCCUUUUUUCUCAAUCUUGUUGAUAAUGUUUAGCAGUGUACUUAAAUCAUGUUCAAAUAUUUAUCUAUUUACAAACUAAGGCAGACAUGAAACGCUCAGUAUUAACUUUAGGACGGACACAUUUUUUUUUCGGAGAUCGUAAAAACAGUCCUUUUUUUGAAGGAAUGUAUGGAGCGAGCGGGUGAUUAUCUAUCGAGAUUACCUUCUUAAAGAUUUUACCUUCUUUCUCUAAGAUGGAAAUUUAAACAGGAUAAGUGCCAGGCGUUAGAAAAAGGAAAGCGUGCGAGGGCAAGGGGCGCGCCAUGAGGGGGAAAUAUGGAACCUGCCCUUUUCCCCCUCCUCGCGUGCCCUGCGCGGUCUCGCGCACCCGAAUUCCUAUUUCCUUUCUCCUUUUAACGCCUGCCACGCGGGUCAGAAGUAAAACGGCGCUUAUGACGUUAUGACAUCUAUCCAAAAAAUUCUGGAUAUUUUUAAAAUCAGAUUCAGACGCCCCAUAAACGGGUAUAACGUAAAUAAAAUUAGGCAAAAAUAGGGAAGUGAAGGAAAGACCUAUUUCUGCUUUCCUUAAGGUCCUAAGAACAUGCAGACAUUUGUUUGCUUUAAUUAAUUAUAUUGAAGCGAACUUCUUUCUCUGUUUGUUUUUUUCAAGUCGGAUAAUAGUAUCAGUUUCAGCUAAUCUGUGUGAUUUUUGUCAGGUUACAAUUCCACGCCAUGCAGAUCUAGUUCCCAGACUUCAACACUUAGCUUGCCAUUGUGACCAUGAGAGGUCGGUGGAGAGUGGAGCCCAGUGUUUAGCUGGAAUAAUUAACAAGUUACCUGAUGGUAAGUGUCCAUACGUUAAAUUUUAGCAUCUUUCUGUCACGCUCGAUAUUCUAAACACUUAAUCCUCAAGAGUGAUCGGCAUCAAAUUUCUCCUCGUAAUAUCAGUGAUUUAUAAAACAGAGCGGUCAGGAGUAGCAAGGACAUGAUCACAGAAAAUGAAUCUUAUUGAUACUUCAACAACUUCUCCUCACUACUUCUACAGGAAAUGUAUAGGGACAACAAAUGAGAAUUUGAAUUUUGAUAUUAGGUUUAAAGGGUUAAGCACCCGUUUUUGGUACUGGAUUGUAUGGAAUUGUAAAGGUUUCCAUGGCAACCAUUGCUCGCAUUGGAAACGUUCACAAUUCCAUACAACGCAGUAUCAAAAACGGGUGCUUAACCCUUUAAACCCUAAUAUCAAAAUUCAGAUUGUCAUUUGUUGUCCCUUUACAUUAGAAGUAGUGGGUUUCCAAUGCGAGCAGUGGUUGCCAUAGAAACCAUCGACCAGUCACUGUCAAGUGUUCAAUCUCCAUCGUCGUAUUUUUUUUGCGUUUGCCAGAGUUCUUGACGCCUUGAACAUUACAUCUUUCUGGUUCUUUUGAAUUACCCAUAUGAUCCCAGAGUUACCAAUCCAGGGCGUGCUGAGGUUUCUCUAGGGGUAAAUUUUCACAAUUUUUCGCUCCUUUUAAGGAGCUCUAUUGCUACUUAAAAACAUUUCUAUAAGUAGAGUCCAAAUUAGCUUCUUUUUUUCAAAACUCCUUGAACAAUUCUGUUUGUUGUUCCCUUUUUUACUGAUACUCCUACUUACAUUUUCAGCCCGGGGCUCGGAGAAGCAAGUCCAAUACUUGGCUAAAAUGAAAUUAUCGUUAAAAUAGUGAAAGACUGUGCUUUCCAACUUGGAUCCUUCGAUGAAAAUACAAUAACGCGACAGACGCACUUUUGUCACCCCCUGGAGGGCUUCAUGCAUUGCCAUUUUAUAAAUAAUUUAAUUUUGAAGCAUGAUUAUUUCAUUGUUAUUACAGGUGAUCAGUUGACCACAAUACUAAAUAACCUAAUUAACAGAAUAUGGCAGAUAAGCGAUAAAGAAAGUUCAAAAAAACGAGCGACAAUAACCUGGCUUUGGGUAUGAUGCUUUUUUGUUGUCUUUGUUGUUGUUUCUUUAGUUGUAGCUGAAUUUUUAACAUCAUGAUAGCUGUCGUGCCUUUUCCCACCGUUUAUAAUUAUGAUAAUAUUUUUCUUUCUCUCGGUGGCACGCGAGUUCAGUUUUUACGGCUCGGUCUCAAAAUUUUGAGCUUCGCGUCGAAGUUUAGCGUAGAUUCGGUUUUUUCUAGUUUUUAGUUUGAUGCGAAAGCACAAAUAUUGUGAAUUCUCAAAUAACAAGGAUGUUUUUUCUCUUGGGAGGACCGGUAAAGGAGCCAGAGGGUAUUAAAUGACACUACAACUGGAAUUUUAUGCUGAGCGAUAAUCUCAUGUGUACCUUCCCCAUCGGUGUGUAUCACAAUAGCUGUUGCUGAGAGGCCCAUUAUUUGGUAAACUUCGUGGUUUCUGCUGAUACUGCCUUAUACUGCCUAAGUUCUGUCCACCCGUCAGGCGUCACGCCCUCUAGUGGCCCGUUUCACCCUACCAACAUGGACUCAUGACAUGCAACUCAACCGGCUUACUCCACGCGCGUUUCGAGAGAUGUCGUAGGAAAACUGAGCUAAAACGUUUUGUUUUGGCAGUUAAGUGCACUAAUUUUUUUUCCAUUUUCUUGCAGUUGACCAAAGCUGUGGUGGUUCGUUCUCAUCCAUUAGCCCCUCAGUUUAUUGAAAAGGUAAGUUAGAGUCAUGUAUUUCGGGAAACGUUUUUUUUCCUUUUCUUUAACUAACUGACCAACAGAAACGCGUUAUCAAUUUAUUCAGUCACAAUUUGCAAACAACAACAGCAGCAAAAAAAAAAAAAACAGGAUUGUACAUGGUCCCAAAAACACAAACUGCAGCACUGUUGUUUUCGCCUUUAAUUUUAACGGCUAUUAUAACUACUCUUCUUUACUUUCUGUAGUGUAACCAGCCUUAAAAGUUUGUUUAACUUAAGAAAAAACUCGACGAAACGUCUUUCUUUGAAAGCUGAGUUUGUAUAAGUUGGUAGAAUUUAAUGAGUCCUGAAUAUUACUGUUCCUAUUUCUUAUUUUAGGUUUUGAGUUUAUUGAUAGAUAAAGAUGUCGGCCGCCUUGCUGCGGAUGGUUUUUAUGUCAUCAUGGCGGAUUAUGAAGAAGUUAUGAAUGUAAAGAUGCAUGUUAACUACAGGGUAAGGAUGAUAAGUGCUUUGUAUGUAAAAUAAAAACAUUGGCGAUUAAUAAAACCACUAAUAAUCUGAGAUAAUGAACAUUUUUGGAUACCGUUCAUCGAGUAUAGUAGUUUCUGGGGAAGGCUGCGUAUUUGUUCAAGUGACGCCAGUGGUUACCGGAGUUUCCUAAAUACAAAAUACAAUCUCUAAUCUACAAGAGCGUAAACCAAAUAGUUGGUCUGCGAAUUUUUUAGGUUCAAAACUCUUAGAAUAGCGAUUUUAUGGUAAUUUGAAUGCCAUCUGCUAAGCAGGUCACGUGUCUGCGAGCUGCAACGGGCCACUGAAUUUCAUUUCUUUAACAAGCAGUCACGAAGAUGCGAGCUGCAAAACUCUGUUUCCAGCGUCAUUAACUUCAUAGCUCUGUUAGUAGAGCGUUGAAGUCCUGAUUUUUAGUUUUUGUGAUUAAUUGUUGCAGCUUUCACAGUUUAUGCUUAUUUCAUUGACGUUACAAUUUACUUUUUUUACCUGGGAUGUUCAGGCUGAACCGAAAUAGUUAUUAUCUUGCAAAUAUGGUAGCCUGAUCACAUAUCCUCUAUUUUUUCUUCAAAAUACGUCGAGCAAUAAAAACCCCAGGGGAUUUAUUGACCGCCAGCAUAAAGGGAUAGGGGUGGGUGCAUCUUGCUUCGCUCGCGUGCUCGCCAAUGUCUUAGAAAAGAACGAAGAACGAACAGAGAAAUGAAACAUCGUCUGUGUACAGGCUACAAAGAUGGUAGUAUGAAAUCAGGUUUUUUCAGUUUUUUUUUGCUUUUUUAACGAACUUGUUUGAACUGUUUCUGGUAGAUGAUGUACCGUCAGCGGCUUUUCAUGGAAACUGCUCCAAAAUUAAUUCAAGGGUUUCACUCAGCGGAUACUGGUGAGUUGUAUAAAAUAAUGUUCGAGAAACAAAUGCUUCGAGUGUUCUGUGUUCACAAUAUGUUCUUUUAAAAGGAUGUGUUUUCUGUGAUCUUGUAAGCAUUCACUCCAGAUUUGCAGGCUAUGACUAUCAGUGUAGAUAAUUAGUAUUCUUUCUCGCCGUUGUAAAGUGGACGGUACUGAAGAACCUCGAAUUUACCAAGGUCAGACUAAAGGUAUUUCUGCAAAGAGUUAAAAAAUAUACUGUUCAUUUGUAAACGGUUUUGAAAUUUUACUAUUUAGUGUUUAAAAUCUGAAACUAGCUAGUUUUGUCGGCGCCAAAGGGAACCUUACGAAACUACGACGGCAACGGGAGCGUCUAAAACUCGAUAGGUUUAUUUGAGCAAAACAACCACCCUUUAAGUCGGGCGUGAAGCAUUGUCAACGAAAAGAAACAAAAAAAUAAAACACGGAUGAAGAAGGUAGAGGACAUCAAUUUUUGCUGUUUUCGUUUAAAUUUGUUUCCAGAAUUCAAGCACCAUUACUUGUGCGCGCUGUCUCAUUUGCUGCAAUGGAUUCCUAAACAAGUUCUUCUCUCAGAGGUGCCCAAUGUGAGUAUUUGUUUGUUUCCCAAUUGCGCGAUCUCUCAUUGGUUACUUCGAGGUCAUAUGACAUUUAAGAAUAAAAGUGUUUCCCGCCAAAACUCUCUGAGCCGGAACAUUACAAAAUCUAUGACGCCAGUGGAAAAAUGUUUCACAUCUGGCAAACAGGAGGGCAUUUUGCAUGCGCAUGCGUGAAUCCGCUGAACAACAAUAGCGUGGACGCAUCAAAUCUAAUGGCGGGAAAUCGAAAACUCGCGCGUAAAGUUGCAGGCCUUUUAAAAGCCAUUUCGUUGGUGCUUUGAAUACCGUACUUUCCUACAAUCGGACGUUUUCUACGCGGGUUUUCACUUUUAGAUUUUUCAGCAGCAGGUUUUCUUGGCCUUUUAAAGACUUUCAAGACUCCACGCCAAAAAGUCAUGUUCCUGUAUAAGUCUGAUUUUCACUGCAAAGCAAUGCAUUUCUAUGGUUUGAUUUCCGAACUCGUGGUUUUACUUAUCAGGGAGGAAAUGCAUCGUAGCAAUGUUCAGCUGCUUAAUUAAGACAAAAAGCGAAAAAAUAAAAAAAUAAAAAUAUUACCACGCGAGGUUUAUUUAUUCGCGCGAUGUCUCAUGUUAAACUGAUCGCAGAGACACGCGCUUAUAUAUGCCACAAAACAUGAAAUCUAUGGGGUUUUUACACUUUUUCGAAAGUUUUCGCUGAAAAAUUUAUAAAAAAUAUUCUAUAGGAAAUGAAGAAUGGAUUGAGUUUGAGACAGCAACAAUUAUAGGUGAUUAUGUAGUACAUAAUCACUUUAGCAUUUCAUAAGCUCAGUUGCAGACAAAACGAAUGCACAUACUUCGAAAAAACGAAAAGUACUUUUAUUUUUCUUUAACUCUAAAAGAUACAGAGAUUUUCCUAAGCUACUAUUUUGAAGCGACUCUUGAGUAACAGCUCCUGUGUUCCACAAUCGAUUUCUUGUUAUUAAUUUAUAUUUGAUGACAGUAGUGAUCCAUUCAAAACAGAGAAUGGCCAUCACUCCAUAAAUCUAACUGACGAUGUUGUUCACCUUCAAAGCCUGUUUAAAGUAAGACAGGAAGUUUGUUAAAGGGUGCAUAUAAUGCUGUUUCCUCAAAAAAUAAACACUUCUGCUAAACGACCCAAAUGAGCUGGGAUGUGACAACAAACAUGACACAAAUGGAUGGAUGAAUUUGUCUAUUAUUAAUGUUUCUGUUGAGAGCUUUUUACUGUAUCCAGAUGAACCCCUUAUGUCAGUUGUACAUCAUGGAAGAAUUAUCAAACAGAAACUGAUGCAUUAAACAAGAAUGUGGUUCAUUACAGAGGAGAAGCUGGUCUCAGUCAACAUCCUUCGUGAAUGAAAUGUCUCACAAAUUAGCAUAUCAACAAAUGUAGUAUCCACAAAAUAGUAUCAUUUAGAAAUAAAUGCGAUUUUUUUGCAACAGAAACCAGGAUUUAUUCAAAAGGUGUAUUGAUAACGUUUCAUUUCGUGCUAUUUUGGGGUUGGGGAGUUAGGCUAGAUUUUCUUUAAAACGCCAAAAUGUUAUAUUUAUUUGCAUAAUAAAUGUAAACAAACAGUGUACCAUCAAAAUAAGGUGGAAAAAAUCAGAAUUCAAACCGAUUGGCGUAAUUUUUUUUUCUUCGUAUAACUAAAUGAUAGAAUAUUCUUAUUUUCAGACCACAAUCUUACUGGCAUCAUUGUAUUGAUUUAAAUUUAUAGUUGAAGUGCGUGUAUUUUAUUUCUUAACGAAGACGUACCGGAGAAGAAAGCUAAAAUUACUGCAGAAGGCGAUUUUUCACAGCCUUCAUCAAAGCGCCAUUCAUUUGCGGAAGUAUUCUUAGUUUCAUUAAUCAUUAACUUAAUUUGGGGAGAAAGGCAAGAUUUCGAGAUAAACAAGCCAGAGAAAGGGCGAAAAACAGUUUCACGGCAGAAUGGACACUUAAUUAACCGCUGUAUUCCUGAAAUGAUUAAGUUCGAUUUUAGAGUUAUACUAAUGAGAAGAAUUAAGUAUCUAUAGGAGAAUUGUUUAACGAAAAACUGUCAUACUGACCUUUUCCUCCUGCUCAAAAAAUGUGCGCCAAAUGUUAGGUGGUAAGAACAUUCAGCCGCCAUCUUGUCUUCGAUGCACUGUUUUACGAAAGGAAAGACUGUCCUCUCAAGGGCUACAGCGAGUCUACAAUAAACUCACUUUCAUCGUAGAAAUACCUCGAUACCUUAAAUAACAUGUUUGUGGAACGUAGCAUCCAAUGUACGUCAUUCAGCUCCAGAAAACAGCCUGAAAAUGCUGGUACUGAACGUAAACAAUUCACAGAAAGUGCCUCUGUGGCACUUCAACAGCCCCUAUUGACGCAUGCGCAUACAAAAUGCCCUUCUGUUCAUCUGGCAUAAACUGUAGGCUACGAGCAAACUCUCUUUUUCUUAGUCCGUUGAACGAAACGCGCGAGUCACGAAAAUGACCACGCGAGUGACUGAAGACGCGAGAGGAGAUGCUUUUUUUUCGUCUCGGGCUGCCGCCCUUCGUCUUUCCCGUCUCCCCCUCACUAAAUAUGAAGAAAAAGUGAGACUGCUCGCGGUCUGCAUUAACUCUUUUUUUGUUAUUUUUAUCUUUCCUCAGUUGAUGCCUUUGUUGAUACAGUCUUUAUCGUGUGAAGAACAGACCCUACAACAGUCCACAUUACAAACAAUGUACUCGCUUGUUCUGGACGCACCAGAGAUUGUUACCCGUCACGUGACUUCAUUAGUUCCCAUGUUUCUUGGGCUAUCCAAGUUUCAGCUUUCAAUGGUAAGCGGCACGACAGGGGGCGGGAUACCUUACUAUAACAUGGUAACGAAUCGAAAUUUGUACCACGAGUCGGAUCAUACAUUGCUUUCUUACAAAACUUCAUUUAGAUCUUGUUUAUUUAGACUUGCGGAGACGCAUGAAAACAUCAAGGGCCUGUCAUUAAACGGAGUUUGGCUAGCAUGUGUAGCAAGCAUUUCCGUGCGGUUUCGGAGCAAAGAACGAGGAACGUGAAUCAAAGACUGCACGAAAAAAUGGGGCGAGUAAAAGAGCGGGGAGGUCUUUCUUUGCUCCGAAACUAAACGAAAACGCUGCUACGCAGGCUAGAGUUUAGCCCGUGUUUAGCAAAACCUCGUUCUAAGUUAAGUUCUAACCCAUUUUCACUUUGCCGAAGGCUUUUAUCUAAACUUGGAAAACCUGAAAAGUCAUGAAGUUCAAGAAUUUCAUUUUCCUGGCCUGAAAAGUCAUGGAAUUUAAUUAUCGGUCUUGGAAAGUUAUGGAAAAUUUAAGUUCGACUAUCCGGAAGUUUUUUUUCGAUCUACAAAGGCAUUUUUGUGUCUUUUGAACUGAGUUAGGUCAAAAAAAUACCCUUUUUCGAAAGUGGCAGCUAAAUCUAAGGUUAUGGAGUACUUGAAAAGGUUCUUAGAAAAAUGAAAGUCCUGGAAAGUCAAGGAAUUUCAAAAGAGUGUUUUGGUAUUAAUUCUUUAUUUCUUUAGAAAAUCAGGAUGGAAGCUUUAAAGUGCCUUGGAGCGAUGACCACUUUACCCCAUCAUGCGGUACAUUUCCUUGGAUAUUUUUUUUUUGCUUUGUUGUUACUUUUUCUGGUUUCUGUUUGAUUUUUUUUCAGUUGCGAUACCCGCUUUUUUCGAUUUUGUCAUUUCCCGCAGGUUUAUCCUUAUAAAACGAAAGUUUGUAGAGCUUUGGCCGAGUCAGUUGACGAUAAAAAGAGGCUGGUGAGAAAAGAAGCAGUGAAAUGCAGAAAUGAAUGGUAA